AUUCCAAAACUCCCAUGAUCCCUAGAUCCCUCUAGGAAUCGCUAAAAUACUUACUGAUAAGAUACAUUGCUGCAUCCUCAGUCCCCAGGCUGAUGCAGCGGCCGAUUUGACGAGUAGUUUCAACAAGUCGACAAUGGCGAUAGAAGAAAACAUUAGCAGGAGUUUAUAGCAGAAGUCGCGAUUUACGGACAAUUGGAAUGCAGCCAGGGAAUGCUUUCCCUGGGCUUCAGCGUCAUUCCCGCGGCAAGUCAGUGCGUGAAUUGACAGGGCAAAUCCCAUGCAUCCAGAGGAGAGGCGGGGAAACCCUCUGUAAAUAGAAACCUCUCUACCACCUGCGAUGACUAGCCGGCAUCUGUGUUAAGCUCUUCCACGAUGAGUGCAUCAUUCAAGGAGAUGUAAGAGGUACCGUCCAAGUGUUCACCCCUCAGCUGAGAGAGAGCGAUAGAGAGGGGCGCACCAUGGAUUCUAUCUCCAUGAUGGACGGCGUCAGCCCCGUGUUCGCCACCACCAGCUCCGCCUGCUCCUCCUCCUCCUCCUCCUCUCACCUCCACCGCCAACUCCACCCGCCGUCCUUCCCCUCCUCCUCCAACGGCUUGAAAAGCGGCGCCCGGGACAACCCCGGCUACUCCGCCUCCCCGGCGGAGGACACGGCGCGGCCAUCGGUGGCCGUCCUGGGCACGGGCGACUUCUCCAGGUGCCUGACCACCAGGCUGCUGCGGGGGGGCUACCACGUGGUGGUGGGCAGCCGGCAGCCCCAGCGCGCCGCCCACCUCUUCCCCCACGUGGUGGACGUGACGCACCACGAGGACGCGGUGGCCAAGGCCCCCCUCGUCUUCCUCGCCAUCCGCCGCGAGCACUACCCCGUGCUCUGGGACCUCAAGCACCUGCUGGAAGGGAAGAUCUUGGUGGACGUGAGCAACAACCGGCGGGUGAACCAGUACCCCGAGUCCAACGCAGAGUACUUGGCCUCGCUGCUGCCCCAGGCAGUUGUGGUGAAGGGCUUCAACGUCAUCUCGGCCUGGGCCAUGCAGCAGAUCUGCCCCAAGGACGCCAGCAGGCAGGUGUUCAUCUGCAGCGACUCCCUGGAGGCCCGGCAGCACGUGAUGGAGCUGGCCCGGCGGCUGCACUUCCAGCCCGUGGACAUGGGGGCGCUGUCGUCGGCGCGGGACAUCGAAAACAUCCCCGUGCGGCUCUUCCCGGCCUGGAGGGGCCCCGUGCUGUCCUCGGUGGCCCUCUCCAUCUUCUUCUUCGCCUACUCCUUCGCCCGGGACAUCGUCCACCCGUACUCCAAGCGUGGCCAGAGCGACUUCUACAAGAUUCCCGUGGAGAUGGUGAACCGCACGCUGCCCGCCGUGGCCAUCACCCUGCUGGCGCUGGUGUACCUGGCGGGCCAGCUGGCCGCCGGCCAUCAGCUGUACCACGGCACCAAGUACCGCCGCUUCCCCCACUGGCUGGAGGGCUGGCUGCAGUGCCGCCGGCAGCUGGGCCUGCUGGCCUUCUUCCUGGCCGGCGUGCACGUCCUCUACAGCCUCUGUCUGCCCCUGAGGAGGUCGGAGCGCUACCUGCUGCUCAACAUGGCCUACCAGCAGGUCCACGCCAAUGUGGAGAACUCCUGGAACGAGGAGGAGGUGUGGAGAGUGGAGAUGUACCUCUCCUUCGGGAUCAUGAGCCUGGGGCUCCUCUCCCUGCUGGCCAUCACCUCCAUCCCAUCAGUCAACAGCGCCCUCAACUGGCGGGAGUUCAGCUUCAUUCAGUCCACGCUUGGCUACAUCGCGCUGCUCAUCGCCACCUUCCACGGCCUGCUGUUCGGCUGGAAGCGGGCCUUCGAGGAGGACGCCUACCGCUUCUACCUGCCCCCUAACUUUGUGGUGGCGCUGGCCCUGCCCGUGUGCGUCAUCCUGGGGAAGGUGCUGCUGCUGCUCCCCUGCGUGGCCUGCAAGCUCCACCGCAUCCGGCGCGGCGGCGAGAACGGCCGGGCCGCCCGCUCGCUCUGGACCCAGCCCCCCUCCGCGGGCCCCUCGGCCCUGCAGGUGUCCCCCGAGAGGGUCACCAUCAUGUGAUCCAAACCGGAGAAACCCGAUCUCCAAAGUGCCAUGUUUGGACCGUCCACGUUGCUCUUUUGACCUGUUGUCGUGACUCGCCUGUUUGGAAGGGGAAUGAAGGGUACGGUUUGUGUCCUUUUUUUUUUAUUGCAAUAAUGAGGAUCCCUGAGUCUCCCUUUCCACAACACUGUGCCAUAGAUAACACCUGUCUUACCAAUGCCUUCUUCAUUAUUUAGCGAUGCCUUCAUCCAGGGUUAUGAUGGCAAGGGCCUUCCAUUUGAUUAUUGAGUAAUGAAUUUGUAUUUAGUACUGUAUUGAUAUGAGUACCUUUGCACUAUUGAGAAUGGACGACGUGUUAAAAAAUGAUUUAUGUUUUAUUGCAAAAUCUGGCGCACAAGCACAUUGGGCUUAAGAAUUAACAGAGAAAAACAAAGGAAACUUGGAUCCAGCAUAGUGCAACAAUUUGCCUUUCUUUGUUUGUUUCUGUCCUUUGUGACGAUUGUGUCUGUAUUUGUCGUCAUCAACACUGUGUGAUCCCAUAGCUGUGACCAAGAAUUUGACUCUUUGUUUGUUUAAAUGCUGAUAUAGAGGAGACAAUAGAAAACGAUAUCAAUAAGAAAGCCCACCACCUGAAUGCCAAAAUAAACCCUGGUGGCAUGACUUUGUUUUAAUGUUUUAAGUGGAAUUGUUCAACAUUUGGUGUAAAGGUUCUCGCUCUGUUAUCUAUUUAGAUGUGUUCUACUGGAGACCUUUUGCGAUGUUGAAUGUCAAACAUCAAAACCUGAUGUAAACAAAAAGUGUUAGUUUGGUUUCCCUUGAACAAAUGUACUAAGUGUACCAAUUGUCUUUCAAAGAAACAAUCUGUUAAGAUAAAUCAAUUGUAAUGGAUAUUUGGAUAACACACCUGUUGAGAAAGAGACAUUCUUUGUUAAAUCUAAUUUAUUUGAUAAGCAUAAUAGGGAUUUAGUAGUCCUCACUUAAGAUAUAAUAACAGGGCUGUUUCUAUUUGUAUGAAUAGUUUUAUUUUAUUAUUUGGUUUACACAAAAAAAUAUCUGAAUAUUUCCAAUCUUGCAGGAUUUUUCUUUGAGAACACUGUGUAUGCACUUGUCUUUUGCAUACCUUUAUGUUGUUAUUGAUAUUGUGACCAAAGGCUUUAAUUAUUUUUGAGAGAAAGGGGCUGAGCGAGAGAAAGGUUGUGUACGUGUUUCUUGUUACUUCAAACUAUUUUGUUGAUUCAAAGUAAUAAAUGCCAACUUAAAAGAGUUGUGGAAAACAA